UUAUGAAUUUAUAUGCAUUAAGUAAGCAUGGACAGCUUCAUUUCACAAAUAGAGACAAUUUGUAAAAAUAUCAAAAUCUUGCUAUUCACUUACAGAACACCACAAAAAAUGCAGAGCCCUGGGAAGUUCCAGACACUUUUCAACAGUACAUAUAUUCCUCUGAAGGUCUCUUAUUUUCCCAAAACAGGAAAUUCUGUAGAAAUACAGUAUCCUUAAUAGUUAAAGAUACGGUUAAGGGAGCCGAAUCUUUAUCCAUAUUCAAAGCUCAGCCAUGAAAUUGUGUUACUUCCUUCUCUCUGAAAUCAAUUUACGACAAAAAUACUGAAGCUGCGCCCUCGGUUUCUGUCCUAAUCUGGAGAAAACCCCCUAAAGAACAAGUCUGCAAUACAGGGGAGACUUUUUAUCUAUAGGGUUUAUUUUAAUUUAGAAGGAAAAACAAAAGUUUGCCGUUGCCGGGGUCUCUCUGGCUUCACAACACGGGGUUAAACACAUCUUUUCUCUCUCAUCUGAGGUCCCAAGAGGAAGAAACUCCCCCAAAUGAAAGUCCACCGUCUUCUUUUCACUGCCAGAAGAAAUUUGGGUGAUUUCGUGGCACGCAGUUUACAAAAAAUAUGAAUUUAUAACUCCAAAGAAACACAGACUCAGCGGACGAAAAGCUCUUCCUGGCUAACAGUUAGGCGGGCUCUGCAAAGCACCAAUCACAGAUCACCGCUUCGCUAUAAAUUCAGGCAUCGGGGUUACUGUAGCCCAAUUACUUUCUUUUGAUUAGGAAGAAGUCUCUGCAGCGAUGUCGGAGACCGCUCCCGCCGCAGCUCCCGCUGUCGCGGCCCCGGCCGCCAAAGCGGCCGCCAAGAAGCCAAAGAAGGCGGCAGGCGGCUCCAAAGCCCGGAAGCCCGCGGGUCCCAGCGUCACCGAGCUGAUCACCAAGGCCGUGUCCGCCUCCAAGGAGCGCAAGGGGCUCUCCCUCGCCGCGCUCAAGAAGGCGCUGGCCGCCGGCGGCUACGAUGUGGAGAAGAACAACAGCCGCAUCAAGCUGGGGCUCAAGAGCCUCGUCAGCAAAGGCACCCUGGUGCAGACCAAGGGCACCGGUGCCUCCGGCUCUUUCCGCCUCAGCAAGAAGCCGGGAGAGGUGAAAGAAAAAGCCCCCAAGAAGCGUACGGCCGCAGCCAAACCCAAGAAGCCGGCAGCCAAAAAGCCCGCCAGCGCCACCAAGAAGCCCAAGAAAGCUGCGGCAGUGAAGAAGAGUCCCAAGAAAGUGAAGAAGCCGGCGGCUGCGGCGGCCAAGAAGGCAGCCAAGAGCCCCAAGAAGGCGACUAAGGCUGCCAAGCCCAAGAAGGCGGUGGCAGCAGCGAAGAGCCCAGCAAAGGCGAAGGCGGUGAAGCCCAAAGCAGCCAAGCCCAGGGCGGCCAAGCCGAAAGCAGCCAAGGCGAAGAAGGCAGCGCCCAAGAAGUGAAGUGUUGAAGUGGAAAUACUGAAACCCAACGGCUCUUUUAAGAGCCACC